UCGAUUUAUAUAACAUCAUUGUCAACAACAACAACAACGAUAAACAACAUCAACAGUAACAUCAACAUCAUCGUCAUAGUCAUCGAAAAGGAGCAACGAUCGAUCGUCUGAAACGAAGUUUCUAUCUUUUUUACUCUCUCUCUCUCUUUCUCUCUCUAUUUAUCUCGUUCUUAUUCUUUCAUUCAAUCUUACUUCGAUCGAUCGUUUAGAUCUGUCCUUGGUGGUUGGUAGUGGAGAAUUGUGCGUGCGAUCGAGACACUCCUUUUUACCAUUACGAUUAAAUCUUUCAUUCCGUAUCUCUCUCUCUCUCUCUCUCUCUCUCUCUCUCUCUAUCUUUUAUUUUUUCUAUUUCUAAACUGGACUAUAGAAUUCACGGUCAACAACAGCCGGGUAUUACGUCAAACCGCGGAAGUUGGUAACACGAGAGUAAGCGAUGAUAGUAACAGCGUGAUAUAUCAUCAACUAACAAAGUUGAUAACUUAUUAUCGUCAAAUCGAUGAAAAUCCUAACGUCAGUUCAUUCAUGAAUUUCUACGGGCGUGUUUCGGUGUUGCAUCCUAACGAGAAGAAAAAGAAAAAGAAGAGGAUGAUACUACAACAACAACAACAACAACAACAAUAUACGUGUUUCUCGUUCGUGUAAACUCGUUGACGAGAGGAAUUAAUACCUUCAGUCACGAAGACUCGAAAAGGGUGGAGAGAGAGAGAGAGAGAGACAGUUAAGAUUUACUAGCUUCUACCGGUACUAAAAAGAAAAAGGAAAGAAAAAGACAAUAAAAAUAAAAAUACUUAAAAAAUAGAAGAAAAAAAAUCUAAGAGAAAUAACGGGGAAUAUUAAAUAAGAUAGACAUACAAAAAAAAAAAACAAGUAGAGAAAUGCAGCAAUUAAACGAGAACGAUGUGAACAUUGGGAAAAUUGUAAAACCUUAAUAAGAAAGAGAAUAAUAAUAAUAAUAAUAAUAAUAAAAAAAGAGAGAGAGAGAAAGAUAGAUAUAUAUUUAAGAGGAGAAGGGUUUAUAUCUGUGAAAAAGUGAUAAAAAUAAAGCAGACAGGCUGGAGGAUACGAAGGAAAGGGUUAAGAGGGAGGAAAGAUCGAGGAGCCUGGCAAAAGCUGGCAACAGGGGGGAUCCUCGCGAAAUCAAAAAAGAUAGUACGAAUAAUAGAAAGAAAAAGGAUCGUGAAAAUAGUCGAGGAAUGCCGUGGAUAAAGUGUUUGGGUGGUGCAGGAGGCAAACCUAGAAGGGGCAAGCCACUGAGCGUCAGUCAACCGAUACACCUGCUUGUCAAGAGUGACUUUGAACCUCAGUGUCACGUGUUUCGUACGAAACAACUGCGCAAACCCAGACCAUGUCAUUUGUGCCAUCAGGCGGUGAUCAAACAAGCGUCUUGUUGCAGAGUAUGCAAAUACAUCUGUCACAAGACUUGCGAAGACAAGGGUGCGCGUUUCCGGGACACCUCGCAACAAAUACAUAAACAAUGGCAAGCUGAUCCAGCUCGUGCAUUUCCAACAGUUGGCAGUGUUACUACCAACGUUGGUAGUGGUGGUGGUGGUGGUGGUGGUGGUUCCCCGUCUCCAGCAUCGGGUGACAUUUCAACACCAAAUUCAACACCGAGUCCUAGCCCUAGUCCGACCAAUGGUCAACUAGUAAUGCACAAUGGGGGUUACGAAUCACAGCCAAAAAAUGUUAAUACCAUUGCGAGAAACAAACAACAACAACAACAACAACAACAACUACUUAUGCAACAACACCAACAUCAGUUACAUCAACAACAGGUACAAACUGUUCAAUCAUCGGGAACACCUGCGAGAACGCCAGGCGUCGGCGCGGAUUCGUCAAGCGUCGACGUCGUCGGAAAAGGCGUCAGUGGGGGAAGGGUCACAGAAGUUAUGGAAUUAUGUUAUGUCACGGAAAGGAUAAUAGCUCUUUGGUAUCGUGAAGAUGCACAAGGUGUUUUAGAACAUGCCACUACACUUCUUAGAGGAAAACAUGCUGAUAAUUAUAUGAUAUUCAACCUGUCAUCUCCAGGACGAACAGGUGAAUCAAAUACGAGAGAAGCUGGUUGGCCACAAGGAUUAGCACCAAGUUUGGAAAGAUUAUGCGCCCUUUGCAAGGAGCUGGACUCCUGGUUGAACGGUUUACCUAAUCGUGUAGUCGUUUUACACGCAAGGGGUAACAAGGAACGAUUGGGUGUGGCGGUAUCAGCUUACAUGAAUUACAGCAGCAUUUGUGGUGGACGCGAUCAAGCCUUGGACAGGUUCGCGAUGAGAAGGUUCCUCGAUGACAAGAUCGGAUCGUUACAAGUUCCAUCACAUCGAAGAUACAUUGAGUACUUCAGUGGAUUAUUGUCUGGGUCAUUGAGAAUCAGCCAAUCUCCACUUUACUUGACACACCUUACUGUACUCGGAGUGCCACUCUUCGAGCCUACCGGAUGUCGAGCGUUCCUCAAAGUCUACGAAGGAUUGACGCCCGUUUACACAUCGGAUUUGUACUCGGUGACGAAUGCUCGUGAGUUCACGGUUAAUCUAGGUGGUCUUCGUUUGAGAGGUGACAUACUCGUUAAAUGUUAUCAUAGGGUAUAUUCCAAACAGAGCAGAGAAGUUAUGUUCUCCUUACAGUUCCACACAUGUGUCAUCACAGAAAACGUAGUGUCAUUUCCCCGUUCGGAACUUGACGUAGCUUGUGAAGAUCCACGAUGUCCACCCGAUAGCGUAGUGACCCUUUAUUUCGCGACUGAUGCAAAACGUCAGGAUGGCCCAAUUCCAGCACCAACACCCGCUGUGCCCCAUGCCUCAGCUCAUCACGAUCCUAUUCUUCAUUGGGACAGCUACACGAAUCUCGAGAUAAGCGAUGACGGCCGGGAGACACCGUUGUCACCACCACCACCAUCGAAUUCUUCCGUUCAAACAUCACCACGUGGGUUAGGUUACACCUGUGGACCUAUAGAUGGAUCCUUGUACGCGGUUGUACACCAGGGUGCUGCAGGUGGUGCUCGCGGUUCACCACUGACAGUUUCCAUGGACAGCGGUAUCAGCAGUGCACCACCUCAAAGACCAAGUCCACCUGAACACGAGCCGGAUAAUCAGGCUCACGGUGAUCUUGAUAAACUUCUUCACGAUAUGAUGUUAACCGUUGAGUCAAUGCCAGAUCCUCCAAUCCAAGAGGAUUAUUCAAGAACGGAUAGAAACGAUAAGAUUUACGUACAAGAAAAUCGUAGUUACAGUAGUCACACGAACAGUAGUCACGGUGGUGCAUCUACCUAUUCGACCUUGAAAGAUUCCUACAGAAGUUACAGCGUCACCAAAGAAUCAAGUCCACCAUACAACUCUAGCAGCAGUUAUAGUACACUUAAAAAUGAAUAUAGAGAUAGUCCAAUAAAAACUAACAACGAACAUCGUAGGGAUGAUUACGAGUAUCAUCGUGUAUCACCCGAUAGAAAAUUAUCCGAAUCUUCGGCAGACAUUUAUGGUAGAAAACAACACGUCGUCGAAUCAUUUUCACCAUCUGGCAAUAUUGAUUUCAUCGACGAAGACAUUCCUUAUCACGCUAGACAAACCAGUCAACCAUUUUCUUAUGGUGCAACGACUGAUAUGAUAAAACAUCAGAAAUUGUCAUCCCCAUCGUUGGUUAGAAAAGCAUCUGUACGGGGUAAUGCACCGAUGGUUGAUUUCGAUGAUAUACUUGGUGACGUUAAUUCGAGACGACCUAUCAGCCCACUCAGCCCGAAUACACCUGAUCCACCACCGGAGUUUGCCAAUGGUCCUGUCAAAACGUCUACUACGACUACGAUGACUACGACAACUCAGGAUCACGUUGAUGGAUUGUCAUGGCUGAGGCAACAACAAUUAAAACUUGCUGCAAGAAGGGACGAAAAGAGUCCUAAAACAAUAUGGCGACAGGAAACUGGGAAUCGUGUUAUCGGAGAACUUCGAAGUUAUCAAAGAGGAAGAUUAAGGCAGGAUGGUUAUGCGAGUGAUUCUGCUGUACUCGACGAUGACGACGAUACUUGGAUACCAAGUUCACUUAUUAAUCAGACCCAAUCGAAAACGACUCCUUAUACCUCAGCACCAGCGAGUCCUUUGCUUCCGCAAAGAUCAAGUAGUCGUAAGUACAAUGGCAGCAGCAACGCUAGUAACGCCCUUCUUGGCAGACCAAGGGCUGAAAGUAUGAACGAACGACCAUUCGUCUCUGUGAAGAGAGCUUACGAGUAUCGAAAGUACAACGACGGUCAGAGCCCUCCGUCAUCCCCCCGCGCAGUAUUUGCAGCCGAUCCACCCUUAAGCACAGGAAUGCAACGUCGAUCGAGUAGUCCAGUCAACUUGGAUAGACAACAACAACAGCAACCACCUCGUCCGGAAUCUAGAAGCGAUAGUUUUGCACGUGCCGAUGCAUUUUUGCGUGAACAUAGACAACAACAACAAUUCCUACAACCACAACAACAACAACAACAACAGAACAACGGGAUGAAUAGCAUCAGCAAUCCAGAAAAUGGUCACGAAUUAAACAAAAGAACAACUCUCGAGAAAAAUUGUGCAACUUUGGCUAGACCAUCAAGACCAGAGUCAAGAAAUCGCAUAACUACAACCACAACAUCAACAGCGUAUCAAAAUUAUUCAAGAAAUUAUAACAAUGCAACAACCAAUGACAGAAGCAACAGCAAUGGACAACAAAAUGAAGGAGGACUUUUAGCAGUAGUAGAUCAACAAACGUCAUCUUCACCUCCUAUUCAAGGAGAUCCUCUCGUGAGCCUAAUUCGUUCAUUGGCUGAGAUAUCACCCAAUCGCUCAUCACCCUCAUCCACUUCCGCGACUAACAAGAUCGAGAACCACGAUCAUGGCACCACUAUAGAUGCAACUACCGCGACAACGGUCACCAACAACGUCGCUAGCAUUGCCACUAAUUGUUCCCCUAACCAGUCGCCAAAAGCAUGGCAGAAUUGUACACAGUCCCACAAUGACUCGGCAUCAUCGUGGACCGAGAGGAGCGUCAGUCCCGGAAGUACAGUUGGUGUUUCAAGACCGCAAACACCUGCAUUCCCUGUACAUCCACGUACUCCUUACGUUAAUAACGCAUCGCCAACUGUAACAUUUGCUUCAGAUCGGGGAUAUGUUAUGUCCAACAAUAGUUAUAACAUUAACAACAAUAAUAAUAAUAGUAUGACUGGAAUUGAAGCUAGUGGCGGUGGGAAUAGUAACAACAACAACUUAGGAAAUUAUAAUACUGAAAGAACGGUCUACAUUGAGGAGAGGAGGGAAGUCUCUAAGGAAACGGGACUUCCACCCAAGAGUCCGACAACACAGCGACGCUUGAGUUUCCCGGCAAGCGGGCCGCUUAAACAAAUGCAUAACAAACGAUGGCCGCUCACUAACCAAUCGGCGUCGUUCGACUAUAGCAAGGACCGACCUGUUUCUCCGAUAAGCGAAUCUGCUAUUUCACAGGCUCAGGCUAUCUCGCAUAAUCCUGGAACACCUACUCAUGUUGAAUUUGCUCAAAGUCCCAAGAGUGCUACGUCCUACACAUCUAUCAACAGUGGUGGUCAAUCAUCUCCACAAGUUCAGUAUUACGGAUCAAGACGUUCGAGUAUUCAUUCGAACAGCGAACCUCAAGAAGUUGCUGAUGUUAAUGUUAAAUUCGUACGAGAUACCAGCAGGAUCUGGUACAAACCAAAUAUAUCACGUGAACAAGCAAUCUCAAUGCUGAAAGAUGCAACACCCGGUACAUUCGUAGUCAGAGACAGCAAUUCUUUCCCAGGUGCGUUUGGUUUAGCAUUGAAAGUAGCAACACCACCACCUGGCGCACCUAGUAGUCCUAGAGAUCCAUCAAGCGAACUCGUCAGGCAUUUCUUGAUCGAGCCAACGUCACGUGGUGUCAGAUUAAAGGGAUGCGCAAACGAACCAGUUUUUAGUUCUUUGUCAGCACUAGUUUAUCAACACAGCUUGAUGGCUAUGGCUUUGCCAUGCCAACUUUUACUACCUGAACCAGAAGCUGCUGCUAGAGCUUUGGAUUCACCUGCUACGAAUAGUGCUCAACAACUUCUUGCUCAAGGAGCUGCAUGCAACGUUCUUUAUCUUUUCACCGUGGAUACGGAAUCCUUGACCGGACCACAAGCAAUCAAGAAAGCUAUAAGCACGUUAUUCGAACAAAAACCAUUACCAAGUGCAACGAUCGUUCAUUUCAAGGUCUCGACUCAAGGUAUAACCUUGACGGACAAUGCUAGAAAAUUAUUCUUUCGUAGACAUUAUCCUACGAACAAUAUCAGUUAUUGUGGAUUAGAUACUGAAGAACGUACAUGGGAUUUUUCUGGUGAAGAUGCUGGACGACCAUUAAGCGCACACCGUUGUUUUGGAUUCGUGGCAAGAAAACCAGCACACAAAUCAGACAAUCAGUGUCACGUAUUCGCCGAAUUGGAACCAGAACAACCAGCAACGGCCAUCGUUAAUUUCGUCAAUAAAGUUAUGAUGGGCAACUCGAUCGCUAAAGCUAAUAUCGUAUAAAUUUUUAUCUUUUUAUCUUUUUCGUUUAAUUAAUUUCGUACAUUCGUUGUUCGAUCUAAUCGAUAUAUAUAUAUAUAUAUAAUAUAUAUUUUAAAAAUAAAAUAAUAUGAAAAAAAAAUGAGAUAAUUUUGCAAUAACGCAAUAAUACGCUAUUAUCAAUCGAUAGAAGAUAAUUCGUCGUUUGUAAAACGAUAAUAAAUUAUUACUAUUAUUAUUAU